CCCAAAAUCCGAAGUCUAUAUAUGUACAUCCAGACAGAAGUUCGGUACUUAAUCACAAAUAUACACAUCAAGUUCUACACACUAAGCCCUAAAACCUUUCCAUACAGACAAAAGUUAGGAGGUCUCGGAGACGGCGCGUGUGGGGGGGGCCUUAAUGGGGGUGGUCUUAAUGUGGGUGUUUUGGGGGGUCUCAAACAGUCGCACGCGCGCACGAGUUCGGCUGGAGUGGGUGCAGGGGCUGUGGGAGGGGAUGAGAGGACGACACUCACCGAACAAAUGCGCCGCAUGGACUACGAUGUGUGGAUUGAGUUAAUGUUCCAGGAGUUCAACAUGCUAAACACCCUACUGUCCAACGUGUCCAUAGCCCACGAAGUCAUCACCAACGCAACCUUCCAGGUGCUAGCAAGUCACAGCCACAGCCACAGCCACAGCCACAGCCACAGCAACAGCCAUAGCGGCACACACGGCUCAUACACGAAUGAAAAUGGGCCUCAGCAGUGUAAUGGAUCACUCUCCAGACCCACCAGACCCACCACAGCAAACAGCACCCACACAGGAGGAGACGGUACACACACCCCUGCAAAUACAAAUGCAAAUACAAAUGCAAAUACAAAUACAAAUGCAAAUACAAAUGCAAAUACAAAUGCAAAUACAGCCACGGGAGAUAAGUCGCUCUACAGGUCAGGUGCCGAGAAGAACGUCUACGUGGACACUAUCAUGAGAGUCAGCUCAGACAUCGUUUGCGGCGCAUCGGAAGUCAUGCACGUGCGCUGUGCGAAGUUGCUGCAGCUGCGGUCAGAUCUGCUGCCCAAACUCAGCUACGACCAGUUCAGUCGGCUGUAUCGCAUCAUGUGUGACUUUGUGGCCCACACAGACGACGCAGUGCCCCGCAGCACCCCCGGGCUCAGGGGAGACUUAAUAUCUAUGUCCAAGAUAUUCUUUGCUAAUUACCAUAAAAGGAAGAAGGAGCUUAAUCCAUGUGCGAUGGGUGUGGGUGUGGGUGUGGUGUUCGGUGUGGCGCAGGCGUAA